GGGAUUUGUGCUAGUUGGCAUUUCCUUAUGUACCGAGUAAAUGCACCACGGGCGGUAAUAAGACUGCAUUCGCUGAAACGAGCAGACGCUGAUGUGACGACUCACCUUCUUCAUUAGUAGCUGCCACUGCCAUUCUCCUCCUCUCACCAGCCGCCUGAAGAAAACCAGGUGUGGCAACGUCGGUGGGGCCCCAAGAAGAACUCUUUGCCGUUCCUGCCAACAACCAGGUCACUUUUCCCAUAGCUGCGGCGCAUUUAUGGACCCAAUCAUUCAGUGGGGCAGAAGUAGGCUGUGUAGUGUACAGCUGGUAGAGACAUUGGCGUCCUUGAGCCGCUGGGUUCGUGGUACAAGCCUUUCGUUCUCCGUUGAGCGGUAAAGGGGCUGAAUUAUCAAUCACCAUGGCCAGCUCGAGUCGUGCUUCUCUUCCUGCAUCUGGCUGGCCCCACACGGUCUUUCUCAGGCUCACAAUGAGCAGAUUUACUGUUGGUGGAACUUGGUUGGGAUAAGGGUUCUUUCUUACGACUCGACCACGAAAGAGGGAAAGCCAAGAGGGUGUAAAAGGGGAAAAGACUUCUUGGAGGUUACCGACGUAGUGUUGUGGGGCAGAGAAGGGGGAGAGAAAGAAAGCGGAAAGAGGCGUGAGAGAAAGGGGGGAGAGGGGGCGUAGAAAGAGGAAAGAGGUGGGAUAGGGGAGAGGAGGGCGGGGUGGAGAAGGUGGAGAGGGAUGUAGCUGAGACGCAAGGCAAUGCCGUCUGUUUGCAGUUCUUUUCCUGUAAAGAAUGGUUGAUAUCAUUGAUGACCAAUUCUUUUGUCAAAGGACGAUAUACCCCGGCAGGCGUGACACAUCGAUGGCUUGGCACACCUGUAAGCGUAAAUAGUAUAACAUGAGUUCUGGUCGGCGGGUGCAUGAUGGACAGCUUUGUCUAUCGUAUCAACACGUUAUUGAACAACCACCAUGUUGCCCAGGAGGGGCAAGGAUGUUCGUCUCUGAGGUGGAGAGUGGGCAGGAGAUUGCCCUGGAAGUGGUCGUCUUUGGAGUCAUCGCUGCUGCUUCUGGCCGACGCAUACGUGGGUCUGAUCUUUUGGACCGCCCUCAGCUCUCUCGCCCUCGACCUGUGGUCGUUUGCUCUUGCAAAUGAGAAACCGCCGAAGGAGUUAUUUUUAGUGUUUCUGCUAGUUUUCAUUCCGGCAGCCAUGUUAGGCCGCCGGCGGUUUCGGGAAUACCUUGACGAUAAGCCAUCAUCUCGCGUGUUAAUGAUUCUCUGUGGAGUUGCUGGAGCUGGUGGCCAGAUAUAUCCCAACCCGGCCAUUCGACUGAUCCUGGCUUGCCAGGCGGCAGUUGUGUUGUUUGUAUAUUUAUUUGAGGGGGUCUUGGCACUCAAUUCGGAGCGUCGGGAGAGGGUUGUCUUUUCGCUGCUCUCUGGUGCAGUCUUGUUCCAAGCUCUCACUUGGGCGUAUAUCGGGCAAAAUCCCCUGAUAUCAACCUUCUCGGGGGUUGUGUUUCUGGUGGCGAUCCCGGGGCUCCUUGUCCUGAUACUGCUUGCAUUUGAAGGAUCACUGGAUUGGACUGACGACGACGACAGGAUGUGUGAUCGGGCUACGCAGGGGAAGAAUACGAGGGUGACCAAUGGCUACGUUGUGGCGUCACAAGAUGAGGGAAUGGAGGAUGAGUCUUUGGAUGGGGGGGAGGAGGAGGAGGAGGAGGAGGAGGAGGAGGAAGAGGAGCAGGAGGAGAAGGAGAACUUCUGUCAAGAAGAGGAUGAGGACGAAGAGAAGCAGGGGAGGGUUGUAAAUUUGGCCAUUGAUGGCGGGAAGAGAGACUCAACCAAGUUCGCAGCACCGAUGGGAAGCAGUCAGAUCAGAGAUGAAGACAAUUGCGUGCAGCUCAAUCUGGCAGAGGACAGUGGUGAAUUGGAAGGGUUUGAAAUGAGACCCAUGGUACUGGAAGGCUCCAGAAGGUUUGGAAGAGGGGGUUACUUUAGAUUGGGUAUGGUUGCAGGGAAUUGGAUGGAGGGAAAGAAAUGGUCGGACGUGUUUGAUAAGCCUUGGGAAAGAAAUUGGCCUUGGGUACAGGGACGUGAUGACCUCGGCGGAAGUGCCAGUGCCGCUUUUGUGGGAACAAACGGCACGGACGCGUUGUACACACGAAUUUGCAAAUGGAUGACGGAGGAGUGUUAUCAAUGCUGCCAAAUUGGGAUGGGUUUCGGCAGCUUCAUCUUUCUCAUGCACUGGCUUCUUUUGGCGCCGACUCUUCCGGCGCGCUGGGCAAGGGUGUGUACAUGGUGGGGGUUGUUAUCUGUUGGAUCGCUUCUGAGUGGCGUUUGUGUCUCGGCAGAAACGGUCCGCGAUCGCCUGCCUGAGCGAUGGCAUAGACUUGUUGCAUUGGCAGCUACUGUGUUAGGUGGUGGCUGGAUGCUGCUUGGGAGGGAUGGAAAGGGAGGUCAUCUGGGGGCUGCACUGAUCGCCACGUCAGCAGGGGUGAUUUGGGAGGCGAUGACUCGUAACCUCGAAGCAGUUCAUGCCUUUACUGGAACUCUGGUUUUCGUUGCAAUCACUGCAUACUGUUCCCUUUUGUGGUGGAGCGCAUCGGUCUUGGCGUAUCAGCAGCUAGGAGGGAAGGGGGUGUUCAGCAGCGUUGAGGCGCUGAUGGCAUGUGUGUUUGCAGGUAUUGGGAUUGGGCUUGCUCGUGACCUGGGCAUGUCGAGAGAGCACUGGAGAAUGCUAAGCCUGUCGUUCAGUGAUUGGGGGGCUGGACAAUCAAGAAGGAGAACUGGCGUACCUACCCGCAAGGCUUUGGCAGUUUUUUUGGGCCUCAUUGUCCUUAUCUUGGCUAUAGGCAUUGCAGUGAGGAUGGAGUUGAAGCCAAAUAAUUCUGGUUCCUUGCCAGACUUACGCAGUCGAAUACGCAUCCUGAGCUUGAAUGUUCACCAGGGCUUCAAUCGUGCAGGCGGGAUAAAUUUUGAGGCGAUCCUAGAAAUUCUCAAAGAGCAGAGGCCACAUUUCAUCAUGCUGCAAGAAUCAGAUACAAUGCAUAUUGUGCAUGGCAACCAAGAUAUGGUGGACUUUCUUGCGACUCGGCUGAAGAUGCACAGUCUGUACUCACCGGCAACGAGGGCUCAGACUUGGGGCUGCGCUAUGCUGUCACUGCUCCCUCUGCGUAAUGUCCAUUCAGAGGUCCUGCCGUCUCCUCACGGCGAAAGGGCAUGCUUCCAGCACGCAACCGUCGUUGUCAAUGGAUGUCCUUUCCAUCUUAUGAAUGCACACUUCGGCAACUUGGACGAUGAAGUGCACUCGCAGGCUGUCAGGGUGGCGGAGCUUGUCAAUCGUACCAUGCUCGGUGUGCCCAAUGCUCGAUGCACUCCUGCUCAGACUGUGGAUGCCAUCCAGGGAAAUCAGCAACAGCACGAUUCUCCUCUCGCAGAGGAAUUGCGGGGACGUGGUCCGGUUCCAAUCAUCCUUGCGGGUGACUUUAAUUUGGCACCUCUCACGCCUCCAUAUGAUAUCAUAAUGAGUGUUUCGGGUCUUAUUGAUGCUCGAGUCGCCUCGUUGGGGAAGUGGAAUUCUUCCUUACAUAGGGAUAGGGGUGCAGGGCUAGCUUUUGCAUCAAAAGCAUUGCAAGCUGAGUUGUGGGAGGAGCCAUUUUACGAUCAGCAAGUUACUACAGAUGGUGUCCCUAUUGUGGUUACCUUCCAUCCUCCUAAGUAAAAAAAAUGUAUCUGUUGAUUCUGUUGAUUGUUCCUGUGUCUCUGUGGAUUCACCCUGUCCU